CGUUCACCUUGCUGGAUCCCACGCCGCCUCGUCCCGCAGUUGAUGCCAGACGAGCCGACCUUGGUAGACUACAGCGACAGCUCCAGCGACGACUCGGACCCACCAGAGAACGAGUGCCCCGACACCCCGAUGGCCAUGCCAGCGACGACGACCUUUGCGCCAUUGAGCGAUCCGCCGCUCUUCUCCUUUGGCACCACCGAUACGAAGCCAAAGAAGGCGAGUGCACGGCGCGCGCGACCAAAGCCGGCUGCGGCCUCGACACCGCCACCGUUUGCGUUCAGCACACCGGCAGCCUCCUUUCCGACGGCUCCCGCGUACUCGCCCGUGCAGCCGCCUCCGACCGGCUUUGCGUUCCCAAGUAACAACCAUGCGGCGCCCGACGAGGACAUUCCCAUGGACACGGCCGAGCCCGUCUUUGUCGCUGCGGCCAAUCCCUUCGUGCCCGACAACAAGCCGGAAAAGGGCAGCUCGAAGAAGAAGACGAAGCAGGCGGCAUUGAAUGCUGCCUUCCGGACAAAGUUUGUCCGAUCUGCAUCGUCCCCGAGUCCCACGAUCGAUCCUUUCGCGAUGCCUCAGGCAGACACCUUUGCGGUACCUCCAGCGUCGCAACCGGCCCCGAGUCCGAUCCAGUCGCCUGGACCGGGCCGACAUGGCUUUGAUUCCGCGCCACCGCAACCCGCGACCACACCUCCAACCACUUCGGCACCGAUCGACGAUGCAUUCAUGCAUCAAUUCCAGGCGUUCAACGUCCACGAGCCGCCACCGAACGGCGCCGACUGCGAGUACAUUCGACUGUGCGAGGUCCACCGACUCGACGCGCGCACGCAGCCGCACGCACCAUUCCUAGUGCAUUGCUCGUGCUGCCAGCAGGCGCUUCGAACGGUGUUUGUGGACUUGCAUCUCUGCGCCCCGUGCGCUGAAGUGGGCAACAUUUGCCCUCUCCGAAACUGCAACCGCGAGCUCUUCGAGUCGCCGUGGGAGACACCGCCGCCCGCCCCUGGUUUUGCCUUUGGUACUACGCCCAAACCAUCGACAAAAGGCGCCAAGCGCCGCGUGCCCCGUCCAAAACGAGCCCCGAUGCCGUCUCCAGCCCCGGUUCCAAAGCCUCCACCGACGCCGCCGCCGGUCGAGCCGGCAUGGAUUCAGUGCAAGCGCGACGGCAGCGCCGCGUACCAACGCAAGGACUACCUGGCGGCCGCCCAGUUCUACACCCGCGGCGUGGAGAGCCUCGCGGAUGAGCCAGCGUUCGAUCGCGUCAUGGCAGAACACGCCAAGAUGCUCGCCAACCGCGCCGCCGCCUUCAUGAUGCUGCACAAGAUCCGCGAGGCGCUUCAAGACGCCGAGGCUGCGAUGGCGCUCAACCCCACGUACCUUCGGGCGCAUCUGCGCUACGGGCGGUGCCACUUGCUCCUCGGCGACCACGACCGGGCGCGCAACACCUUUCUCGGCGUCUACAAGCUGCUAGCGCACGCCAGUCCCGAAGAGCAGACCGUGUACAAGCCGCAGGUCGACCAUGCGAUUCGCGACGUCGAGGCGUUCGUCUCGGCGCUGCACGAAGCCAAGUGGUGCUUUGAUGUGCUCGAGACGGCGAAAGCGCUGCAGCAAACGACAAGCGCCCUUACGUACGCCCCGUACAGCCGCGACCUCGUGCUCCAGAAGAUGAAUGCGCUCGUGGCCCUCAAGCGCUUUUCGGAUGCAAAGGCGUAUGCCAUGCAGCAGCUGCAGUUGCACACUGCGAUCGUGGCCCUCGGCAUCGACUUUGGGCUUCAGUACGCACGUAGUUUGCACUACCUGGACGAGGUCGAGAACGCCGAGACGGUGCUCCAUGAGCUGGAAGAGGCGGCGCCCACGAGCAAGUAUGUGCUCAAGCUCAAGCAGCUCUGGCUCGACAUGAAGCAGGCCAAGGUACGCCGAGUGAACGUUGCAUGCAACAAGAUGGCGGACUAGGCCCUGGGCAACGAUGCGUUCAGCUGCGGCAACUUCGUGCGCGCCAUCAACUUUUACUCGGCCGGGCUCGGGCUCGACGCCGACCACGACAUGUACAACGCGGUCCUUUUCUGCAACCGCGCGGCGGCGCUCAUGGGGCUGGCCAAGUGGACGCCGGCGAUUGCCGACUGCAAAGAUGCGCUCUCGCGCAAGCCAAAUUACUACCGUGCGCUGCUGCGAAAAGCGCGCUGUUUGCUAAAUUUGCUCAAGUUCAAGGACGGCAUCGCCGACCUCCGCGCCUACAUGGACGCGACCGAGGCAAGCGCGACGCAGGACGAGCACGAUGCCCUCGCAGCGGAAUUGCGCGCUGCGCAAGCCAAGGCCGCCGCGCACGAGUACGAGCAGCAGGAGCGAGCGCGGGCCAAGCAGCGCAAGGAGCGCCAGAAGCAGCAGGAGCGUCGUGGCGGCUACGACCCGUACAACGACUACUUUUACGGCAGCAAAUCAUCGUCCAACAAGGGUGGUCGGGCGUCGCAAAAUGGCGGGAACCGGCACCAGACGCACAAGCCACAAGCUCCCGUGCGCGUCAAGUCCCACUACGAGGUGCUGCACGUGCCUAUCACUGCGACAGCGUCCGAGAUCAAGAUCUCGUACCGAAAGCUCGCACUGAAACAUCACCCAGAUAAGGCCAAGUCGGAGGCUGACGCGGUGCUGUUCAAGGACAUGACGGCCGCAUAUGCCAUUCUCUCCGACCCGCACGAGAAGGCCAAGUACGACCGCGAACUGCGCUUCGGCGGCUACGGUGUCUACUACGAGUCCUAGCUCUGUUUUAUAACGUUAGAACCACAACCCUCCAUCUCCUUAGAAGAGGGUGCAAGGCACUA